AUGACCUUUGGUGAUAUUCACAAUGUCCACUUGACUGGUCCUGGGGGCAUAGGGCGAGCAAUCGCGAUUUGCAACCUUGAAAUCGACCCAAAUCUGCGACCUUUUUCGACUCAGGAUCUGCCACUUGACCGCAGACUUCUCGAUGCCUCCGUGGCCAAGGCUAUGUCUGCAAUUGAUUCUCGAUUUGAAAUGGCGAGGUCCACAGCCGCAGGUUCAAUACAAGCACUGGAGAUGGAACCAAGUUUCUCGAUAACCUCCUCUCCCCCUGAUUCUAAGACGCUGACGCCUUCCAGCAAUGAUGAUAUGACCUUCGAGGAGCUUAUUCAAAAGUACAGCAAUCGCGCAGCCCAAGUUAAAAAGGCAAACCAUUCAGCGCCUCAGACAGUGGAGCAAUUGCAGGGCGCCGGGAGACCGCAGCCUCCUCAAACUCCUCCAGCCACGGCAUCGAAUCCGGUCCUCCAAAGUCCAUCUGAAGUUGAGGAAGGAGAAGUCGUUGAUGAUUUCAAUAUCGAGCUUGAUCACGAUACUCUGAACUCUCCGGAGGAGGCAAUCAAGGUCACGGAUGCUCCUGAUGCACCCAAUGAAAAAGCUGCCGCAAGCUCGGAUAGUCCCUAUUAUGGUCAUAUCUUGUCAGAAGACACCAGCGAGUACAACGGCCAAGUGACGAGUCUUUUGAAUGAUGUUGUCUUCAACAAUCUCUAUCAUGGGCUGCAGGCUUCGAAAACGCUUCUUACCAAAGCUGACACAGUACACGACCGCAAGAAUAAGACUGGAGAUGUUCAAAACCUGAUUCAGGCCUGCAUUGAUCACUUACGAAAGCGUCAACUCGCUGUAUUGAGUCUUGGGAUCAGAGCAGUACUUGACAUGACUUCUGAGCAACAGCAGAACUGGAAAAAAGAGGGUAAACUUUUCCUGGAGCUCGUGACUGAAAAGAGGCAUUACGAGCAAGAGAGUGCAAUUCGAGCAGCAGUCUCACCUCCCAAGUCAGAAGCCUUGCCUUCUGAUAAUACGGCUUUCACAGCGCAGAGGGCUAAAGCAGCAGUUUCUGAAAGACCUCAACCGUUAGAUAGACAGGGUCGUACACCAGCUAAAGUACCUCUAGGCCCUGCCGCUUGGGUUCGCGCAAAGACCGCCUCUAAACCUAUGCUUGCACCUGCCUUUACUUCCCAAAAGAAAUCCGACUCUGCAGCUCGCAUCCCCCGCCCCAGCCGGAACUCGGAAUCUUUCCAAUCUAGAAACUCUGCUGAAAUAAAUUCUCCUCCAAAGGGUCAGACAUUUUCUUCGCCUUCGAAAUUUAACGCUGGGCAACCGCCCACCGCAAAAAGCUUCAUCUCUUCCCGCUUGACAAGUUUGAAGACUUCUUUACGCCCUCAAAGUAAAUUCAGCAUUGUUCCUAACGUCCAGAAAAGUCCUAUUACCUUCCUACGAAAGCCUCGCCACCGCUGGCUGAAAAAGCAUGGUCUCAUGCUCAAGAAGAUAGCUGAAAAGGGGCGUAAAAUCAUUCACCGCUCUGCAAGUCAAAUCCAGCAGCCCAUUGAAUUUAAAGAGAACUCUGAUCCUCGCCGUGGCCCGAAUAACAAUCAACUUGAUCCAGAGUACGAAUUCGUACAGAAUCGGACCAGCUCAGUACAUCCACCAGCUAAUCAUGAUCCUCUUUCUACCUAUGAUCGUCUUCAUCAACCGUACACCCCAAAACAAAGCCGAUAUGCUGACAUCGAGGACGAUCCCAGCUACAAUCCCGAGUAUGAUUAUGAUUAUGAUUAUGAACCCCCUCGUACAAGAAGACUGGCAGUACGCCAUGAGACUCCGUCCUCCAGAAACAUCUACGGCAACGCCAUGACUUCACGUCAGCCACUUUAUCAGGAUGAAUUUAUUUACGAUAGUCGUCACAGUCCGUAUCCCCGUGGCAGCAACGCUAUUCUGCGCGGUGUAGACGCUGUCUCUCGCCGGGAAAAUGACAUGAUCGAAAUCGAUAAUUAUAAGCUACAGACUCGAAAACCACAUGUCGGCCCCGCACGGCGCAUCCAGCACAGCCGCGAGAAUUUUCACACUGACAUUCCCAAUCGCAGAAAUUCGCUCUCUGCGCGUCCCUUUCGUCGUCCUGUCGCAAUUGGCCGUGAGGAAAAACACGAGUCUCCACUACAGUCAAUGCAUGGACCUCCGAAAGAUGACAAGCGCAAAGAGCUUAGGUUCAGAGCUGGAGGAGAUUACUACAGACCCACUUACAGACACCCGUACUAGAAGCUUUUUUUUUUCUUUGUUUUUUAUCUUUUUUUUAAAAAAAACAAAAAAUUGAGUUGAGUUGAGUUGAGUUGGACGUCAAUACAGCAUUCUGUCGACGAUUCCGCAGCCU